AUGGAGCGUGUGGCGGCAGCUGGGGCCGUGUUGGUGCCACUGGUGGUGCUGGGAGUCUUCUUGGCUGCGGGCGCGGAGCUCUCCGAGGUGUUCCAGGAGAUGGUUAAGUCCGAGUGUCACUUCAUUAAUGGCACCAGCCGGGUGAGGUUCGUGAAGAGAUUCGUCUACAACCGGGAGCAGUACGUGCACUUCGACAGCGAUGUGGGGCACUUUGUAGGGGACAGCCCAUAUGGGGAGAAGGUUGCCAGGUACUGGAACAGAGACCCGGAAUGGAUGGAGUACAGACGGGAUGCGGUGGACAGGCACUGCCGGCACAACUACGAGUUGUCCAGCCCGUUCCUCGUGGAGCGCAGAGUGCCCCCCAGUGUGUCCAUCUCGCUGGUGCCCUCGAGCUCCCAGUCUGGCCCCGGCCGCCUGCUCUGCUCCGUGAUGGAUUUCUACCCUGCCGAGAUCCAGGUGAGGUGGUUCCAGGGCCAGCAGGAGCUCUCGGAGCACGUGGUGGCCACUGACGUGGUCCCCAACGGGGACCUGACCUACCAGGUCCUGGUGCUGCUGGAAACCCCCCCGCGGCGCAGAGUCAGCUACACCUGCCAGGUGGAGCACGUCAGCCUGGAGCACCCCCUGAGGCGGCAAUGGGAGAUGCAGCUGAACGCCACCCGCAGCAAGGUGCUGAUGGGGAUUGGGGGCUCCGUGUUGGGCUUCGUCUUCUUCGCUUUGUGCCUUGGCUUCUACCUGCACAAGAAGCUCCUGAGCCUGCAGCAGCCUCCCCAUGGCCUCGGGCCUGGCCGGGACCCCCCGCUCUGUCCCCGCGCUGAUUUUGGGGGAGUCGUGUGUCCCCCCAACCCCGCUGUCACUCUGCCCCCGCCCAGCUGCUCCCAGUGUUCCCAGUAA